GUUUGUUAUUCUUCAAUAAAGAGACACAGACUGAAAAACAGAGGAUCAGAUUCACCUUCAGACCAAACCAACAACUUCCUCUGAGUGAGUCCAGCUACAGGAGAGAGACGUGGGAAACUACAACACUGCUGCUUCAACCUGCUGAAACUCCACACUGAAGCUUCACUCACAGACUAAAUGGCUUCCAGGUCAGAGGAGGAUUUCUGCUGUCCUGUCUGUCAUGACGUUUUUAGAGAUCCUGUUGUUCUGUCAUGUAGCCACAGCUUCUGUAAAGACUGUCUGAAGAGCUGGUGGAGAGAGAGACCAACACGUGAGUGUCCAGUUUGUAAGAGAAGAUCUUCAAAGGAUUAUCCACCUUCAAACCUGGCUUUAAAGAACCUGUGUGAUGCCUUCAAACAGGACAGAGAUCAGAGAUCUCCAGAGUCUCUCUGCAGUCUGCACUCUGAGAGACUCAAACUCUUCUGUCUGGACCAUCAGCAGCCAGUUUGUCUCGUCUGCAGAGAUUCAGAAAAACACACCAACCACAGAUUCAGACCCAUCGAUGAAGCUGCUCGACAACACAAGGAGGAACUUCAGGAAACUCUGGAGCCUUUAAAGAAGAAGUUAAAGGGUUGUGAACAAGUUAAAGAGGAGUUUGAUCAAACAGCAGAACACAUUAAGGUCCAGGCCCAACACACAGAGAGGCAGAUUAAGGAGCAGUUUAAGAAGCUUCACCAGUUUCUAGAGGAGGAAGAGGAGGCCAGGAUCACUGCUCUGAGGGAGGAAGAGGAGCAGAAGAGUCAGAUGAUGAAGGAGAAGAUGGAGGCUCUGAGCAGAGAGAUAGCAGCUCUGUCACACACAGUCAGAGCCACAGAGGACGAGCUGAGAGCUGAAGACGUCUCAUUCCUGCAGAACUACAAGGUUACAGUGGAAAGAGUCCAGCAGCGCCCCCUGCUGGAUGAUCCACAGCUGGACUCAGGAGCUCUGAUAGACCAGGCCAAACAUCUGGGCAACCUGACCUUCAACAUCUGGAACAAGAUGAAGGACAUGGUCUGCUACACUCCUGUGGUUCUGGAUCCAAACACUGCUCAUCCAGACCUCAUCCUGUCUGAGGAUCUGACCAGUGUGAGACGAGGACAGAGACAGAAGCUUCCUGACAAUCCAGAGAGGUUUGAUAACUAUCGCUGGGUGCUGGGAUCUGAAGGUUUUAACUCAGGGACUCACAGCUGGGACGUCGAGGUUGGAGACAAUAUCAACUGGUCACUGGGUUUGUUAGAAGAGUCUGUUCAGAGGAAGAGACAGACACAGUCUGGAUUCUGGAGAAUAGGUUUCUAUGAAGGUAAAUACUCAGUACAUGCACCACCAGCCUCUGCCAUUGAUCUGUCGGUGCAGAAGAAGCUCCAGAGGAUCAGAGUGAAUCUGGACUGGAACAGAGGAAGAAUGUCAUUCUCUGAUCCUGAUACUAACACACACAUACACACCUUCAUACACACUUUCACUGAGAAGCUAUUUCCAUACAUUAGAACUAUUGAUGAACCGAAGAUCUUCCCACUGAAGAGCUCACCACUGAAGGUCUCUGUGAGAUUGCAACAGAGCAGUUAGAGAUAAAGAGGAUGAUCAUAUUUACAAUGUUGUUGUUUGUUGCUUUUUUAUAUCUAUUCAGAACUUUUUAACGUGUGAAUUUAUUUUACACUUACUGUAGCUUACUCUUUUAUGUUUGGUUUAUUUAUCCUUUCUUUCACUUCCUAUCCUGAUCUACAUUUACGUUUCUAUAUUCUCACUCCAUCAGUAUUUAACUGAAUUAAUGAAUGAGCAUUGUUCAUCUAGAUUGGAUCACAUGUCACAGAAUAACACAAUAUAUUAAUAACAACUGUAGGCAACUGACACGUAUGUUCCAACGAAAAAUAAAAAAGUCUUAGUUUCUUUAAGAUAUAUUUCCCAAUGCCCAUUUUUUCCUUCAUACUACAAAAAACAAAAUCUUUAAUCAACCCAGUAUUGAAUG